AUGGCGGCGGCGCUGGGGCCGCAGGCGGAGGCGGAGGGGUGGCGGCGGCUGCUCCGUGCCGUGACCCGCCUGCAGGCCUGCGUCCGGGGCUACCUGCUGCGGAAGCGGUUUCGGAGCCUGCGGGCCGAGUACGAGGAGGUGGUGCGGGAGAUCGAAGGAGACCUGAGCCAGCUGGAGUGGAGGGGACGGUUCCUGCCGCGGCCCGUGUUUGUCCCCGAGCCAAGGCAAGGGAAGUGUUCAGGUCCGCCGGAGGCUGUACCAAGUGACGAGGCCAGCGCAGAAAAACCGCAGGAGGAGCUGGAUGCCUCUGAACCAGAACGGGACUGGGGCUGCAGCAGUGUGAAACCUACAGCCCAGCUGCAAAGCGAGAAAGAACUGAGCUCUGCGGCUGAAGGCGAUGUAGUGAGCUCCCCACAUCUCAGCGCUGAUGCCGAUAAACGCACUGAAAAGGGGUUCAGCGCCCCAGCAGAGAGCGAGGACUGGCAGAACGACAGCUGCGCGUCCUCUGCGUGGGACAGCGCUAUCCUGGAGGCAGAGUCCCUUGAAGCCUGCCUGGAAAUUCCCCUUGAAGACAUAAAGGAGCUUCCUCGAACUCGGUCUGGUCUCCAGUCCUACAGAAAUCACUUGAUCAUGGAGCUGCUGUGGUUGCAACAAGCUAUUGUCAGCCGUAAAAACUACUUGAUGCUGAAACAGAGGCUGGGGACUCCUGACCCGUACGUAGCAGGGCGUUCCCAAGCACAUGGGGCACUUGUGUCGGUGUGGAGAAGCAGUGGAGCUGCAGCACCGCAGUCGUGACAUGACCUCACAGACAGCAACAGCUUAGGGGAAAUCCAGCUCUGUGGGUUGACCUUUUCCACUUCAGAUGAAUGUGGCAAGAAAGCCUUUUAUUUCUUUUAAAUGUGAAUAUUUGGUGAAAGCAGGGAUUAAACAUCACUGUGAAGCCAAGGAAGUGGUUGUGUGUCCUGGAGGGAGUGCCAGUGAAGCCUCCUUUUACAAGAACCCUGUUUCUGUUGGUUGAGCUGGACGGUCCUGGGGGAAAAUCGAGACUGGGAAGACUGUCACUUACAGAAGGCGCUUUCUGACCAGCUGAUUGCUUGUGGUGGAGCUAAAAUGCCUGAAGGCAGCAGGUGCUUUGAACCUGCAGGAACAAGCUCUUCUCCCCUGAACUGUGGGUGACCCGUAUCAGUAUCUAAGCUGUGCAUUUGGGAUGGCUCUGCACGUCACAGUUCUGCAAUAUCUGGGAUCUCCAAGUGCUCGUGGUAGGCUUUGGGGAACACCUAGUUGAAGUAUUAAGUUAGGAGGGGAGUUUCCUACCUUUCCUGUGCCGUUGGCGGGGAGCGAUGGCACAUCAAAGCUGACCUUCAGGAGAUGAGGCUUGGUUCCCAACUGCGCGUCUCUGGCCGUGGUAAUAUCUCUUUGUGUGGCAGAGUCACCUGGAGAGAACACCAGGCGCUUGAGGGAGCAAGUAAGGACUUACGGGGUUUGGUGCUUUGUCUAUAUGUUGCUCUAAUUCAGGGGCAUUCGUGGUCCCUCAGAAAGGGACUUUCCACGUGGUGCUGUGGUUCCCUGCUGUGACUUUGAGUCUUCUGUGCAAACACUCUGCGUUCCUGCUGAUGGAACGGUCACUCUUGCCAUGUGGCAGAUGUAUCUUUCUCUUCCUGAAUGAUGCCAACUUGUUUGUGAA